GUUUAGCGAGUAGUUGAGUCAGAAGGAGCAGCGUCCACACAGCAAUGGCACAGCCCGGGCACCCAAGGCCAGUGUGACGGCUACACCCAGGGGCCCACUGCCGGAGAGCCCGACCGCUGAUGCGACUUGAUUUUUGAGGAAGAGAAAGUCAUUAAAAUGAAUUGUACAAGUGACUGUGUCCACUCCAGUUUUCUUUAUUGCGUGUAACGCCUUGAAAAGAAGUACAUUUCUAGUGCAAGCUGAACAGAGGUUGAAAUAACAUGUAUUUAACAUUCUCCAGAAAGUCAGUAUCUCAGAAACUGAGUAUUUUACUACUUGCCUUUGGAUUCAUUUGGGGACUCAUGUUGCUACGAUACACCAUUCAGUAUCCCAGACACCAGAGCAGCACUGAGCUCCGAGAACAGAUCUUAGACCUCAGCAGAAGAUACGUGAAAGCCUUGGCUGAAGAAAAUAAAAACCUUGUCAAUGGAGGGAGCGGAGGCUCCAUGGCAGGAUAUGCUGAUCUGAAGAGGACGAUAGCAGUUCUGUUAGACGACAUCCUGUUGCGCCUAGGAAAACUAGAGAACAAAAUUGACUAUAUUGUAGUGAAUGGAUCAUCCAGUAACAGCACUAACAGCACCACCGGGAAUCUGGUUCCACUAACUACAAGUAAACGUGUCAAUACCUCUGGAAAGCGAUGAUAAGAAAGAAAUCGCGGCCCUAAGCUUAGAGAGACACCCUCCCCCCGGCUCAAGGAAAAGUUGUCUGGAGAAUUAACAUGAGGAUUUACUGCUGUAAUGUCAAGUGUUAGACACUUGUCAAGAAUUGUAGGCCAUAUUUUUUUUCUUUUUUCUUAAAUGAAAGGACAUGUUUUUCUACGUGUGUGAAUUUUAUUAGUUGGUUCUAGAUUAUAAUAUUUAGUAAUAAAAAAAGAAAUAUUUUGAAUCUGUUGUAAAAAAGUAAAAACCUAUACUUGUAUAUUAUAUUUUGCUACACAGAAAUGUUAUGUUUUAAGCGAAGGUUUUUGAAUGUGUGACCCAAAGAAUGUAUUUAUUUGCACUGUUAAAGCAUAGCAUAACCAUAGAUGACUCUUAUUGUCUUAUUCAUGUAAGCUCACCAAUGACAAAUAAAAAGAUUAGGAACUGUG